AUGAGCGCCACAGCAACCCUCACACAGACCCAGGCCCUGCCUGACUACCGUCACCGAACAUACGACCUCAAGACUCCUCAAGACCAUGCCAAGAUGUACGAUGAGUGGGCAGCCACAUACGACUCCGACGUCAUGGGCGACACAACCGACUACGUCGGUCCAGCACAAACCGUACAAGCUGUCCGCGCCGCCAACGGAAGAAUAGAGGGCGAAGUCCUCGAUGCUGGCUGCGGUACCGGUCUCGCCGGCGUAGCCCUCAGCCAAGCCGGAGCACGCACAAUCGACGGCAUCGACGUCUCCCCAGGCAUGCUCAAGCUCGCACAGAAGACUGGCACAUACCGCACACUCCAAGAGGUCGACAUGCAACAAAAGAUCGACCUGCCCAGCGACAAGUACGACGUCGUAACCUGCGUGGGGACCUUCACCACCGGCCACGUCGGCCCAGACCCAGCACUACCAGAACUCGUGAGAGUCGUGAAGAAGGGCGGUGUCAUUGCUGCAACGAUCUACCACGGCAUCUGGAAGACAGAUGGCUUCGAGAAGGAAGUUCUACGACUACAGGAGUCGCGGCAGGUGGACGUCCUCAGCACGGAGAUUUGUGAUUACAGGCGAGCGGAGGGCAAAGAUGGCCAGGCUCGCAUGAUUGUGCUACGGAAGAGGUAG